AAAAAGCCCAAACUAUUGAUGCCUUGAUAAAGCGGAAGCUAGAUAUGUAUUCCCUCCGCCGCGCUGCCUGUCGCCUGUUGGCUUCACCAUCUCCGAUACCUGUUCGAUCAAGGCUGACUGCGACGCCGAACACCCACCACCUUGCGAUUCGCUAUCGAAAUUUUUCACAAAGCAGAUGGAUUGGAGACGAGAUUAAAACUCAGUUGGAGUCGAAAGAUACAGCCACGGCGCAAUCGCCAACGGCUAACGCGACAGCGACCAAUUCAACCUUGACCGACCCAAAUGAUGUUCCAGUUGCCCCGAAUGAUAUUGCGGUAAAUGAGGCCGAAAAUGAAGAAAUGGGAAUGGGAUCAGAAGAUGGAUUGAAUACUGCGACAACGGCGACAACGGCGACAACGAGCAACGAACCGGCAUCUUUCGCGAAUGAAUCGGAAGUCGGGAAAACGCAAGAACAUGGCGAGGAUUCUACAGCAUCCACCGCAACUACGAAUGCGUACCAAGAAAGCUAUAAACAUCCGUCUACGUCUGCAUUUGACGUUUCGCAGAUCAGAGAGGCAGCCAGGCUAGAAGACGAGGCCGCUCAGAGAACAAUGACAAAGGAAGAGAGAAUAGAGUUAAUGAGGCAAUCUCGGAACGAGCCGAAGGAAACCAUAUUCAUUGGCAACCUUUUUUAUGAUGUGACAGCAGAGGAUCUCAAGGCGCAGAUGUCGAAAUACGGAGUCGUGGAGGGAGUGAACAUUAUUUACGAUAGCCGCGGAAUUAGCAAAGGAUAUGGCUACGUUCAAUUUGAUAAUACAGAUUCGGCAGACCGAGCAAUUCAAGCGAUGCAUAUGCGAGUAUUCGAAGGGCGCCGGGUGACUCUUUACUUUGCACAAACGAAUAUGAGAACGGCGACCAAGGCUUUCGCACCCACAAAUACGCUCUAUAUUGGCAACAUGCCCUUCGAAAUGACGGACCGUGAUCUCAAUGAACUCUUCAAGGAUCUAGCCAACGUAUUCGACGUCCGCGUGACUGUAGAUCGCCAGACCGGCCAAUUUCGUGGAUAUGUCCAUGCAGAGUUUACAGACGUUCAAAGCGCGGCUAUAGGACUCGAACGGCUCUCUAGACAUACACUUUAUGGCCGCAAACUCAAGGUCUAUUACAGCAACAAUCUUCGGAAAGCCCAACGUGGCUCCUUCCCUGUCGGUGCUUGAUGUUGGCGAACUUGGAGUUGGGGCGGACUAUAUACUCUUCUGGCGACACGAUGUAUUUUUUAGCGCAUUUAAACUGUACUAUACACUGUAUAUCACAUAGAUACCUUACUCGUGAAUACUUUUGCCAUCGGCCCAUCAAUAUAUUCCACGUGACUCGCG